CCUCGUGACGCCAUCAGCGGGCGCCGCUGGGGAGCCGCGUGUGGGGCGGGCGUGGUAGGACUGACGGGGAACCGAGAAGCCAGAGAGAACAUGCUGCAGCUGCUCGGCAGCCUCGGCGACCUGGUGCUGCUCCGAGACUCGGUGGAGUGGGAGGGCCGGAGCCUGCUGAAGGCUUUGAUUCGGGAGGUGGCCCUGAAAGGGGAGCGAGUGCAGGUCCUGGGCUGCGAGGUGAGCGAAGAGGCUUUCAGGGAAGGCCUGGACGCCGAUACCAACCGGCGGCUCGUUUACCACGAUGUCUUCGGAGACCCCCAGGGCUGGGCUGGGAGCGGGGGGCCCUUGGGAGCCCUGAGGGCGUGCUUGAGGGGAGCCGAGCCCGGCCCCUGCACCCUCGCCGUGGACUCCCUCAGCUGGCUGCUGCUCCGCACCCCCUGCAGCGCCCUCUGCCAGGCGCUGAGAGCCCUGGGCCGUGGCAGCGCCCACGCCGGACAGGUCCGGGUGCUUGGCCUGCUGCACGAGGACGUGCAUGGGCCAGGCCCCCUGGGCGCCUUGGGGAGUCUGGCCCAGGUCGAGGUGACGGUGGGAGGCAGCUUGGGCUGCACCACUGCGCGCGUCCUGCACCCCAAGCCCACACGCCCGGUCGAGCAGACUCAUUGGCUCUCCAUCCUGCCCAACUUCAGCCUGCAGUUCCACGGGGAACCCCCUUUGGAGGCCCAGCUUCACCGCAGACCCCCGUCCCCCACGAUGGACGUCAUGGCAGACUUAACCUUUAACGUCCACCUGUCCAAGAAGGAAAGAGAGGCCCGGGAUACCCUGGCCCUACCCUUCCAUUUCAGUUCUGAAAAGCAGCAAUCCUUGCUUCAUCCUACUCUAGCCUCUUCCACCAGCCAAAUAUUUUAUGAGCCUGAUGCUGAAGACUACCUGGACCAGGAGGAUCCAGACAAUGACCUGGAUAUCUGAUGGUUCUGGAAGACCUCGCUGUGGUAUUGACCUAGAUCCUGUUGCUGUACUGUACUCGUAUCUCAGCUUGAAAGUUAUGGUUUAAAGUCACUGUAUAAGCCAAAAAUUGGUAUAGUCACAAUUGCCUUUGAAAAUCCUAAAGUUCCCCGUUAAAUAUAUAGUAUAGUAUCUUUAAACAGUUGUAGCUGGGAAAGGGUUAGUAGCUCUUUUUUAAAAGGCAAUCUGUCAGAGGGCAGAUGGUGCAUAAGUGGUUGCUGUAAAAGUAAUUGAAUAUAAAUUUUAUUUUACACUGUACCCAGGUUAGCUAUUGAUUAGGAGACAGGAGAGUAACUGGUCUUCUCAAAUCC